CCUCGACCAGACCUCCCAGUUGCCCCAUCCUCAAAGCCCCCACCAGAUACCCCAGUCACCUCAUCAUCCAAGCCCCCAACAGAUACCCCAGUCACCCCAUCCACAAAGCCCCCACCAGACAUCCCAGUCACCCCAUCCUCAAAGCCCCCAACAGACAUCCCAGUCACCCCAUCCACAAAGCCCCCAACAGAUAUCCCAGUCACCCCAUCCUCAAAGCCCCCAACAGAUAUCCCAGUCACCCCAUCCUCAAAGCCCCCAACAGAUACCCCAGUCACCUCAUCAUCCAAGCCCCCAACAGACACCCCAAUCACCCCAUCCACAAAGCCCCCACCAUACAUCCCAGUCACCCCAUCCUCAAAGCCCCCACCAGAUAUCCCAGUCACCCCAUCCUCAAAGCCCCCAACAGAUACCCCAGUCACCCCAUCCUCAAAGCCCCCACCAGACAUCCCAGUCACCUCAUCCUCAAAGCCCCGACCAGAUACCCCAAUCACCCCAUCCUCAAAGCCCUGACCAGACCUCCCAGACACCCCAUCCUCAAAGCCCCCACCAGUUACCCCAGUCAACACAUCCUCAUAGCCCCCACCAGACAUCCCAGUCACUCCAUCCUCAUAGCCCCCACCAGUUAUCCCAGUCACCCCAUCCUCAAAGCCCCCACCAGACAUCCCAGUCACUCCAUUCUCAAAGCCCCCAACAGAUACCCCAGUCACUCCAUCCUCGUAGCCCCCACCAGAUACCCCAGUCACCCCAUCCUCAAAGCCCCCACCAGAUACCCCAGUCAUCCCAUCCUCAAAGCCCCCACCAGACAUCCCAGUCACCCCAUCCUCAAAGCCCCCACCAGAGAGUCCAGCGACCCCGUCCUUUGAGCUUCCACCAGACAAUGCC